AUGAAAAAGUGGCUUGGUGUGCAGCACACCGCACCGAAUAAUGUAAAUGUUUGUAGCUCAGAUAAAAGACGAAAAGACCAUAUUGCCCUCAGCAAGCCCAAGCUGCGUGCCGGUCUGCUCGCCUGCCCAUUCCGCCGUGGCUCGCCGCCGUCCCCUUGCCCGCCUGCACGGCCGCGGCUCACAGGCCAGGCACAAGAAACACAUGCCACCGGGCGCUGCUACUGCUGGCCGACGCCGGCCAUGGACUUCGACGACCACGACGACGGCAACGAGAUGGCGCCGAUGCCCGUGAGCUCCAGCUACGAAACCCCGCCGCUGGUGGCCGGGUUCGGCAGCGCGGCGCCGCACAAGCCGCCCGGCGAGCCCGUCCCCCUCGCAAGGCCGCUAGCGCUGCCGUCCAGCGGGCGUGACGAUGGCGACGACCUGUCCGGGAUGGCCAGGCCCAUGUCGGCCACGGGCGCGGUGAGCGGCAUGUCCCUGGGCGGCGCCGGGCCCUCCGGCUCGGCCGGGCCUGUGUCCAGCAAGAAGCGAAGCUCGCGCUGGAGCUCCUGUGGACGGCCCCCGGCGCCGCCGCCGCGGUGUGGAGGGAGGCACUCGUGGUGGCGGUCUUGGCGCGUGCAGUGGACAGGAUGGAAGACCGCGGGCCGGAGCCACCGCUGCCUCGCCCCGCCACCCCGCGCCGUCGCGCGCUGCCACGCCGCCCGUGGACGCGUCCAGCCGCCGCGUGCCACCCCGGGGGACCCGGGCGUGCCCCGGCGUCCCGAGCCGCGCCACCGGGCCGUGGGCGCGCCCCGCCAUAGCGCGCAGUCCCGCGGGCCGCGGUCCUGCAGCACCACCGAGCGCGUCCCCGCCGGAUCUGGACUCGUGAGGCUGCCGCCCUGGGCCCCGGCCACCGCGCCCCCGGACGGCGCUUCGGAGGCUGCCGCCCCGGGCCCCCGGCUGCCGGGCCACCAGCCGGCGUCGCCGAACGGCGCUGCCGCGGAGGCCGUCCCGUGCCCCGGCCUCCGCGCGCGCCGGGUCAAGGGGCGGCAGCGGCGCGGGCUAGCGGUGGCGCGGACUGGUGUCGAGGAGCGGCGGCACGGGCUAGCGGCGGCGGUCGACGUGCUGGAGCGGGCGCGGGGGAGUGCCGGCGGUGGCCUGUCGGAAGGGGAAGAUGACAGGUGGGCCCGAGGGUAA